AUGUCGACAGCAGCCCCCGCGAAACACAAGUUCCUCGUCUAUGCUCCGGACAAGACUGAGGAAGGCACCUUCGAGAAGCGGCUGAGCGUCCGUCCCAAGCAUAUUGAAGUUGCCCAUGAGCGAAAUAUCGCUGGGAUUGUCAAAUUGGGCGGUGCUGUGUUGACACCUGAAUCCAUUAGCUCCCCGACAGCUCAGAAGAAGAUGGUUGGUUCUGCCUUCAUCUUCGAGGCGGAAUCACUUGAAGAAGUUAAGAAGAUGGUUGAAGGAGAUAUUUACUACACGUCCGGAGUGUGGGAUCCGGAGAAGAUUAUCAUCUUGCCUUUCGUAAACGCGACUCCUAUGCCCUAG